AGUGGCAAAGGCACCCAAUCUGCUAAUCUUCUCAGCAAAUACAACUUACAACACAUUUCUACUGGCGAUUUAUUACGUGAUGAGGUUAAUCGCCAAACCCCCUUGGGCUUGGAAGCAAAAAAGUCGAUGGAGCAAGGAAUGCUUGUUCCUGACGAAGUAGUAAUAGGUAUGAUUAGCAGCAAAAUCGACGAGAAUCCAAAUGUGAAAGGUUUUAUUUUCGAUGGCUUUCCACGCACAAAACAACAAGCCAUUGCACUUGACGAAUUACUGCAAGCAAAAAAUGCGCCAAUAAACCUUGUACUAGCACUUGAAGUUGCAGAUGAUGAGCUCACCAAAAGAAUAUUAAAUAGAGCCCUUACUUCGGGUCGUGCCGAUGAUACAGAAGAAGUUAUUAAAAAGCGUGUUGAAGAAUACCGAGCUAAAACCGAAGUUGUAGCCUCUUAUUACCAAGAGACCGAUAAAGUAAAGCGCAUCAAUGGAGAAGGAACAGUAGACGAAAUUUUUGCUCUCCUUUGUGCUCAAAUAGAUAAAUCAGGUCACGGCGGUGCAGGAUGCUCGCAUUUUGCGCGUACAAAAUACAAUGCACAGGCUGGUGUAGAUGGCGGAGAUGGCGGACGCGGUGCGCACGUCAUAUUAAGAGGUAAUGCUCAAUUAUGGACGCUAUUGCAUUUGCGCUAUCACAAAAACGUACUUGCCGAAGACGGCGAAAAAGGCAACAAAAGCAAUAUGACCGGUAGAGAUGGUAAAGACAUCUAUAUUGAUGUACCCCUAGGUACUAUUGCCUAUGAUGAAGAAACGGGCGAAAUAGAAGCAGAAGUACUAGAGCAGGGGCAAGAAAUUGUUUGGCUCAAAGGUGGUCGUGGGGGAUUAGGCAACGCCAAUUUUGCAACAGCUACCAAUCAAGCCCCUGAUUACGCCCAACCAGGCGAACCCGGUAUUGAAGGAUGGAAAUACCUAGAACUAAAAGUACUGGCCGAUGUGGGCUUGGUGGGCUUUCCGAAUGCGGGCAAAAGCACCUUACUCUCUACCAUCAGUGCUGCAAAACCUAAGAUAGCAGACUACGCAUUUACCACAUUGACCCCUCAGUUGGGCAUUGUACCUUACCGCGAUGACAAGUCUUUUUGCAUGGCCGAUUUACCCGGUAUUAUAGAGGGCGCCGCAGAAGGCAAAGGACUCGGACAUCGCUUUUUACGACAUAUUGAGCGCAACUCUGUACUGCUCUUUAUGAUACCAGCAGAUUGUCCUGAUCAUCAUGAGCAAUUCAAUAUUUUGCUUCAUGAACUACAAGAAUUCAACCCCGAGUUACUCGAUAAAAAUAUCAUCCUUGCCAUAUCCAAAAGUGACAUGCUUGACGAUGAACUUGAGCGCGAAAUAGCCAAGACAUUACCCGAAGGGAUUCCGCAUUAUUUUAUAUCCUCGGCAAGUGGCAAAGGCAUAAUAGAAUUGAAAGACGCACUUUGGUCGGCACUGAAUGAAGGA